AUGUUAGACGGAGAGCCUUUCAUGCCCUACAGUACUCAGUUAGUUGACGAUCGAAGGCAAUGCGCAGCUGUACUAUACCGUUUCAACAACACCGUCGGUGCGGCACCCGAGGUCGUGCAGCGUAUGCGUGAGCGCCAUUUCAGAACAGCUAUAGAGGCAGCUUGGACUCAGCCUCGUUGCGGAGACCGUCUGGUCGGCGGUGAGCUCGGUUGUAGUACACACAUUGCUACACCAUUCCACUGCGACUACGGCUACAACGUCUCUGUUGGCGACAAUGUCAUGAUUGGAUCUAACUCCCAACUACUGGAUUCAGCCAGAAUAACCAUUGGAAGAAACACCAGGAUUGGCGCGUGUGUUACCAUCACGACUUUGAAAGCACCAACUGAUAUAAAAGCAUUGAAAAUGGGCUACGGUCUCGAAGUCGCUAAAGAUAUCUACAUCGGCGAGAACGUCUAUAUCGGUGAUUGCUGCGUCGUAGGAGCGGGAGUGCGAGUUGGUGACGGUGCCAUUGUUCGUUCUGGGUCUGUCGUCGUUCAUGACAUACCACUAGACUACAUCGCCUAUGGUAAUCCAGCCAACACGUCCAAGGCCAGUUAG